AUGCCGGCUCUCCUCCGCAAACGCCCGGUUUCGCAGAGUCUUGGCGCGGCGCGGCUCUGGCUGGCAGCAGACGCCGAAAUGACGCGCAGGGAUGAUGCGGAAGCGGGCUGGGAUGCUGAGGAACCGGAGAGAGGGCGGCAGUCCGCGAGUCCUGCGGCCAUCCCUCUGCAAGGCGAGAACGACUCACUCGUUGAGAAGAAAGAGCUCGCUGUCUGCCGCAGGCCUUGGGAAGCACCCACGACGAGGCCUGACUCGUGCUUGGUCGAAGCGCAGUGGAGCGGCAGCGACCCACGAGAAAGCACGCGACGACAGCGACCCCGUUUAGGUCCUCAUCUAAGACAGACGCAGAAAUGCCGCACUCCACAGCCGGCCGACAGUCACCAUCGGUCUCCCUCCGCGGACGCGGCGUCCCCAGCUUCUUUUGCGACGACCCUCGCGGGCUCCGGGCCUUCCUCAGUCUCUUCGCUCUCCGCGUCCUACUCCUCUCCUUUCGCCGCUUUGUUCCUUGCUUCUUCCUCUCCCGUUGCCAGUUUCUUUCCUCCAUCCUCUUGUCCUGCGGCCUCGCCGCCCGGGGCAGGCCUCCUGGGUCCCUCUUGCUCUGAGUCAGCGUCACUGCCUGCUUCACCUUGCAGUUGUUUUUCACCGUCCUCUCCAUGUUGGUCUCCUCCGCCGUCAUCGGCAGUUUGUUUUCCGUCUCCCUCGUCUGCGUCGAGGCUCUCCGCCUCUGCGCUCUCACUUGCAGUGUCGAAGCCUCGUCUGCCUGCGCUCUCCGGGGCGCUUGGCCAGCUGGGCGCUUCGGCUGCCGCCUCUUAUGUUCCGCGCGCUUUAUGUUUUGCCGGGUUCACUGACUUUCCGGCAUUUGUUUCACUCGCUUCUGCACGGUUGGUGUCGGUUGCGCCUUCGAUGGUCUGGCGGUGCCUCUCCGCCGUUGUGUCUCUUCUUAUGUCGCUCUGCAUGCGGACUCUGGGUCCUGUCUGCCGCACCGAUCGGCCCCGUCGCACGGCUCCGCCGCCGAGCGGUCGCGGGAGGGCUGUUGCUUCCCUUUCGUCCGUUCUGCGUCUCUGCCUGUUGGUGUCGAGUGGUGCGUUGAUGUUUGCGGAGCCGGAGGGCGCCUCAGCGGUGGCGGUUCAGCGCGGCCGCGGGCUUUACUCUCAGGGGUCAUGCGGGAGUGUGCCGCACGAACGUCAGGACUUUGUGUCUUUUUCGGCAACUCCGCGGGGCUUUUCUCGACUUGGAAAUGGAUUCGCUCAAGGGCUCAGGUCUCGUCUCGCCUCUUCUGCGCCUCCGUCCGCGUUUGACCCGUCGCCUCUCCGCUCCGCUCUGUCGUUCAUAAGUUCUUUUUCUUCCAGUUGCGUCCUGAACCCCGGCCGAGGCAUUCUCGAGGACGCCCCAGAGGAUACGAGCGCGUCGCCCUGGGCUGCAGCGGCGAGAGGGAGCCGCAGCAGCCUCUCGUCGCAUCAACGCCGCGCGAGUCUGCGCCUGUCGCGCGCCGCGGCUAGCAGCGGCAUUCCGUCGCCUCGGUCGUCGCCCGCUCUCAGGGCCGACACGCCGCUGGGCUCCCCCGGAGACGAGGGUGAGGAGCCGCUCGAGGGCCGCUCGCGAUAUCCCGCAUCUGGGCGGCAGAGACAGGCCUCGCUUGAACCACAGCCCUUCGUCCGCUCGCUGGCGGGCGGCGGUCGCGCGUCUUGGUCGGCGCUCUUCUCUGCGCGUGCACCAGACUCUUCGGGAGCGGCCGACGCGGAGGCAGAGGCCCUCCAUCGUUCCGCAGGCCUUGAGGUCUGGGGCGAGAUGCUUCCCUUGGGAGCGGCCUCCUCGCUGGUCGCCUCGGGCUGGCUCUCGUCGUCGUCCUCCGGCGCAGACGACGCAGCGUCGCGGACGCCCCCGGGCCAAGGGCGCGCGCCGGCGAUCUCCUCUGAACUCCGCCACAGCGCGGGAGAGUCGCCUCUGGCGCCGCGCUACAUCGCACAGCUGCCCUCGGGCGAGGCGCUUCUUGCUCAGCGGCACGCGACGCUGUCCGCCUCAUAUCUCGCGGGUCACCGCGAGGCGUUCCUGCGCAAGGAAGCCGCGAAGGGUUGGAUGGAGCGCCUGCGGGAGAGAGAGGCCUUUCGCCGCGGCCUGCGCUUCCUGUCGCUGCCGCUGGACACCAUCCUCUUUUACCUGGUCGUCUCGCCGUCGGACGGCCUGAUGUUCCUUCAAGAUGGAGGGCCCUAUCUGCUGCUGCAGCACCUCGAGCUUCAGAGGCAGCGGUCGCAGGCCGGGCUCGCGGCGCUCCCGGCCGCCUCGCCCGCAGUCGAUCUGUACGACUUGCGCUACGCGCACCACUGCGUCAGGCAGAAAGUCUGUCAGGCGGCGCUUCGGCUGCGCGCGCAGCUCGAAGACCAGCUCCUGGAGCGCGAGACAGAGCGCGCGAUGACGGCCGCAGCCCGCGAGGUCUCCGGCGAGGGCGCGUGGACUGCAGACGCCCAAGACACGGGGGAGAAAAAAACACUCGAGACGGUGGAUGGAGGCGUUCGCGGCUACUACCGACUCGCGUGCCGCCUCGUCGACCAAUUCUUCGCGGCGCUGUACGCCAGGCUCCCCUCCCGACGAGGCUCCGAGCGCCGAGAUGCGGCGCUCGGCGAUGCUGGCCUGCUUGGGCAAGACUUUGAAGGCGCCGGAGAGGACCGGACGGCGGACGCUCUAGCCAGGGCCGCGACUGCCUCAAGCGAGGCGACGGAGGCGCGCCUCGUGCCCGACGGGCGCGGCGGCAGAGGCUCAUCUCAGCAAGAGGAGGAGCGAGAAAAGGAGAGGGCGCACAAGUUCCGGCGAACAACCAUGAGGAUCAAGAGAAUCUGGGAGGCGUAUAGGAAUCAACUUUUCUCCGAGGAAGAACUGCCGCCGUUUGAGAGACUCGAAGUGCUGUGGAACGACCACGUUUCCCCUCUAGUUGAACUGCAAGAAGCCCAAGGCGUGCGCAACAGCCCUCACGCAGGAGCGAGUCCGUCACCGCCGUUGUCUGGCGACCAAGAGGGGUCGCGCACCGCCCUCGUCCUGCGGCUUCCUAGCCUCGUUUUCCACAGUGCGCUGGCGGACCACGAAGACCUAGAGGAGGCAGAGGUUGCGCUGAAAUGGGCGACUCUGAAGGCCAUGCUGCGUCUUUACGAGCUGCUUUGCCCCGACGCAUACACGCUUGCCGGCGGCACGGACGUCGAGGCGCUGCGGCGGGCCCUGAAGAAAAAAACGGAUAAAAUCGUCGAAGCCGAGAGACAGGCGCACGCCAGAGGGGUGGCCGCCCUCGGCGAAGGAGCGCUGGACACCUCCGAGGAAGACGAGGCAAUUGCUGCAGCGACCACGCCGGCGGGUCUAGUCUCGUCUGCUUCUCUUCGGCGCAAACGGUUGAAAGUCCUGGAGAGCUUGGAGGAUCAAGAGAAGCGAGAGCGCGAGCGGCAGCAGAAAGCGAGACUCGAGCAACCGCCUCUUGUGGCUUCUUCGCCUUUCGACAGAGACCGACGCCCAGAAGAGAAGGAACUCCUCUUCCCUUUUGAGUGGCUUGACGGCCCCUGGCUGGACUCUGUGCUCGCGCGCGCGCAAGAGAAACGCCUUCUGGGAAGCUGGCUAGGCGGUGCAGCUCGAAGACACUCGGGGUCCGCGGACCUCUUCGAGCACUUGCUUCGAUCCCAGGCGUCACUGUCGCCCGCGGAGGCGCUUCGCUUUGUCGCAGCUUUUCUGCGGCGCUAUCCGCGGCGCCCUGGACUCUCAGAAGUGCAGGCGACGACGGCGCUUCGGGCCUCGGAAGCCGAGGCGAGGGACCGCGAGCAAGAGCAAAGUCGCGGCGGAGAGCGAGGCGACCGCGGCCGGGCGCCCUCCCGUGCGUCGAAGCCUCCCUCGCCGCACGACGAAGAAGACGGCGAAGGAGUUUUUCCCGUCCAGCAGAGAGCGCUCGCGGGCGCGCUUCUAGUCGGCGCCCUCGACAGGGCCGCUGGCAUCAUCGAGCCGAUCAGCAGCCGACUCCACGCGCAAAUUGUUAGCGUCGGGAGGCAGCUCGUGCAUCUGCGCGAGCGCGUCGAAGAGGGACGAGGCAAGAGCUUCCUGGAUUUGCAUCGGGAGGACCAGCAGAAGCGGGGGGACGAACGGAGGAAAAGGCGACGCGCGCAGGGGCUGGAGGCAGACGAAAAACGCAGCGCAGAGACAGCCGACGAGUUCCUCCUCCAGGCUGAAGAAAAACGAGGGGGAGACGGGUUCCUGGAGAGUCAGCAGAAGCUGCUCCUCCAACAGCUGGUGCGGCAGCAAGACGAGCAGUCCGAGCUUCUCAACCUGGUCGAACGGCAGCUGAUUGCGGGUGUGUUUCUGUUCCUUGACGAGGCUGUGCGCUUUCUGCGGCCGUCGGAAACCUCGGCUGCGCUGGAUCUCGCCGCGCUCUCCUCGAGUUACAGUCCAGAGGAGAUGGAGAGGAGCAAAUCGCGGAGUGGCGAGACGCUCAGAGGGGAGUCCAACCUGCUGCUCGACACAAACAGGGUUCUGCAGACGUUCGUGGAGACGCAGCUCUUCAUUUACGAUGUCUUCCGCUCGCUCCGUGUCGUUCUGCAUCAGCAGAAAGAGGAGGCGCAGGCCCUCCAGAAAUCUUUACACAGCGCAGGGGAACCGAGGCCCCAGGACGGAACAGAGCGUGAGGCGGCCAGUCGUGGAGCGCGCGCCCUCGCAGACGAGCCGGUUCGUCGUGUUCCCUUCCCUUCGCUAGCUUCGCUGCGCGGGAGACAAGGCGCGGAAGACGCACCUGGCGAAUCCCCCGUCGAGGACGUCGACGGGGACGACAGUUCUCCAGAGGCGAAUGGAGACUCGUCAACGCCAUUGGGGGCCCAGUCUGCGGAUGUUUCGUGGCCGCCUUCAGCCACUCUAGAGCCGAGCGAAGUCCCGCAGUUCGUUGAGAACCUGGUGGACUUCUACCGCCGAGAACUUUUUGACGACAUGCUUCCUUCCGGGCUUCAGCUGCGACUCGCGUCGCAUCUUCACGAUAUCUCCGCUGUCGCGUACCUGCCCACGCUGGCGCCGCGAAUCCACCCCCUCGCGAUUCCGGUGCACGCUGUCUCGGCGGCGAUAGGCGAGACGGGCGGCAGGCCCUGGCACAUGCAAUGGAUGGUGUACAUCCAUGAGGCUAUUCGCGACCCGGCUUUGCUAGGCAAGUUCCACAUGGGGUGCAGAGUUAGCGACUUGUGGUCUGCGGUAGAUUCAGUAGUCAGUUUUGCACCGCAGCCAGCAGGUUCCAGUCGCGCUCGCCCCCACGGGAGCACAGCAGCCUCCCCUUUCGGGUGUUUUCCUGCGCACGGUUUUCUGUCUUUCGGGCUCACUGUGUCUGCAGCCUACGCAGUGUUGACUGCCUUAUUUGACAUCUGGAAGCGGACGGCCCUCACGCCUCGUCUUCCGUUCGCCGCUCAAGGGGACCUCGGGGACGCGGGCGGGUCAAGCCCGUCGCUCGGUUCUGCGUCGCCGACACCAUCGGUGUCGCCGCCGCCCGGUACUGGAGACUCAGGGACGACUACUGGAGGCUCGGGCCAGAGUCUUGAAGUCUCGCCUGAGAUGGCCGAGGCGCAGCGAAAGGCCGCGGCUGCCCUCGAGGCUCGCGAGGUUGCCGCCGAGCGGCACAUGCACCCCGUCGGCUGCUGUCAGGGCCUCCGCAAGUGGCUCUGGAUUCGCCGCCUCAGCGAAGAGAACGGCUGGCCUUUCUACGUCAGCCUGUUUAGGAACGAGAUGACUUCGGACGUCGCCGCGCCGGACAGUCAAGCCGAAGCCGUUGCGGCGCUGACCCCUUGGCUCAAGCAAGAAGAGGAGGAGCUGCUGCUGCAGGGCUGUGCGGACGAGCGGGAAAGGCAGGUCCUGAAAAAGACACUUCAGCCGCAGGCGGCGGGCGCCCCUGCUGCAGCCUCCUCUCUCUUCGCGCGCCUCGUCGCCAACGGCUUGACUCCAGCUCGCGCGGCCUGCGUUUUCGCGGGACUCGUGCGACGUGCUUCUCAUGCUCCCUCUCUCCCUCACGUUUUCCCCGCAAGCCACGUCCCCCUCAACUACGACCCGCGGUCGCAGUGUCCCUACGGCGAGGCCGUGGAAACCGCCCGCAAGCUGCAGAAGGGCGUCGACUACGACGCCUCAGCGGCGUCAGACGAGCUCUCGCGGCUGCGAGCGGGGCCUGACCAAGAUGACGAAGAGGAGGAGCAGCGGUUCGGCAGGGACACCGGACCCACGACGGAGAAGACCCUGACGCCUGCUCAAGCCGCAGCCGCCAUGGCGCGCGCCGGAAACGGACAACAGGCUGCCAAAGCCGAGCGGCAGGGCAUGUUCCCGGCGCUGUACAACCACUGGAGGGAGGGGAAAACGCUUUCGAGAGCUGCGGCGUAUGCCUUGUGGGGCCGCGCGAGGUUUGAAGCGGCUGCGGCCGCCGGAGCGGCCGCAAGCGGGCCUGAAGUGUUGAACGAAGAGGAGAGGAAAGCUGAAGGCGAGAUCAGUCUGUGGCAGGUGAAAGCAAGCGAGAAACGGAUAAAGGAUGCUGCGGAAGCGGCAUUCCGGCUGCGCCUUCGCGAAGCGGCUACCAAGGGGCCUGUGCAUUCCGACGAGUGCAUUAAUUCGCCUGCAUUUCUCUGUCGGAUCUCUCCGCCUGUGGGAGCCGUCGCCCCGUCAGAAAACGUGGACACGGAAGCUGGGAAGCAGCCCGAGCGCCAGCAAUAUUCUUCGCUCCUCCAUAAGCAUACAGCAGACUUCUUGACCGACAUGGUCCUCGUAGAUCACCAGUUAGAGCACGCGCGGCGCAUGCGGGCAAUUCGGGCUCUAGCUGCGACACGCAGUGGGGGCGACUGCCCUGAAGUCUUUGAGCAGCUCAUUGGAGACGCUGUGCAGCAAACCGGAGUUGACUCGCAGGUUCUGAGGAAUAGCUUUGCCAAAGAAGACCUGGAACAGCUUUCGCUGGGGACUGAAGUCGAAAAGAGUGCCGCCAAGGAAGGCAAGAAGAGGCUUGACGACUGUCGGGCGGAGGUCGAAGCUGGGAGACAGCUCACGCGGCUGCACGGGCGUGAAAAAGAGGCAGCGGCGAAAGCGUUAUUUCACUACUUCAAUCUGAAGGCUUUCAACAGAUCCCUACCCCCGGACACCCGGAUACACUUUAGUGAUGACCUGACGGAGCACUCCGAGGGCGUCACCCUGCAUCCAACACUGAGCAACUACCAACUCAACAUGUCCGACUUCAGAGAGCCACCGGCUAUCAGACUGGCGGGAUCCAUUCGGACCAUUCCCGUUCUUGCUCACGCCCUGCUUCAGCAGUGUGUCCUUCUUGCGACUUACUGCUAUGACGUUCCCUCAAAGCUUCACCUGGCGCCUCCGCCAUCUGUAGCCCGUUACCUGUGGCAGUAUCUCCCGCCUGGCAAAGCUCAGCAGAAGCACUUUGCUCCGCCGCCACCCUCAGGCUGCUUCGCGAACCCAACGCACCCGCAUCUUCCGCCGUCUGGAAGAACUGGUUCUACUCGCGCUGUGACGCCACUGCCUGCAUCGUUUUCGGACAAGCCUCCUUCGAUCGCGUCACUCGUGAACUUUGCAUCUCAAGUGCCUGCUCUCAUGCAACAGCAGCAGAGCUUGGGGGCUGCGUGCAGAGAACUGGGUAACCCCGGUGAUGCGAAGCACGAUGAUAGCCUUCAGAACCGGGUGAUGGCGAAAGCCAAAGAGGCGGCGGCUUCUUUUUCCAGGAUAGAGAAGGAGUUUGAGGAGGGGCAAGAAGAUGCGCAAAGCCACAGGCUUCUCUAUUCCCAGAAGGCGGGACCGCAGAGCGAGUCUGUGGGUCCCGGCGGCGCGGGGAACAUCAGCCAGCAUGCAGACGCAGAAAAGGACAUCUGCGUGGAAGCAGCGAACGCGGUCCGAGCAGCUGCCUCUGAUCCGACAGGGACCUCGGGAGAGGGAGGCGGCGAGGAAACUGGUGCCGACGCUGUCUUAGACGCAAUCAAACAAGAGAAAGUGCAGGAACUGCAACAGAGCCUCAUGAAGCUGGCACUCGAUGAACGGUGGCCGUUUUAUAUCGAAGCUCCAGGGACUACCAAGCCAGCUGUGCAGCCAACCGCCGCUAGUGAAACGCAUUCCACCGAGAGGAUAGGCGGCCACCCACAGAGUCCGCCCGACUGGCAGCAGCUGCUAACUGCGGACGAAAUGUUAAAAGUACUGAAGUAUGCAGUGGUUGACAGAGAAGGUGUCGCCAGCCCGAGCUUGUACUCGGAUCUUAUCCUCUCCGGUGCGUGCUCGACCGACAGAGCCAUGCAGAUCAUGGAGAUGCAGAUUGCGUUCAACGGACACCCACCCCGGUUUUCAUUUCACGUCGCCGUCCCGCUGGCGCUCCGUGAUACUCACCUACUACCAACGACAACUAUGGUGCGAAUGCCACGUAUUUACAAGCCCCCAUAG